AUGCACGGUUGUCGGAGGAAGCAGGCUCCGACGCCAGAAGAGGAGGCAGCCUCCGCUGCUAAAGGCCUUAAGGUUCGGUCGCUCCAGUCCCAGUUCAUUUCCAAUCACCAUCAAAAGAGUUACACACAGGAAGCAAUUCAAUUAAGCGUGAAGCUUCUAGAAAUCAAUCUGGAGGCCUACACGGCUUGGAACUAUCGGAAGCUCGCCGUCGAGGAUAACCUUUCCCGAAUCGACGACUCUGAUCCAAGCCUGGUCAACUCAAUUCUCGAAGAAGAACUUGAAUUCGUAGAAAAGGCCCUGGAGCGAAAUGCCAAGUUCUAUAGGGCUUGGAACUUUCAUGCUUGGAACUAUCGUAGGUUUGUUGUGGAGCUAACCAAGAUGUCAGAACAGGAUGAGUUGCAGUAUACAACUGAUAUGAUUAAUAAUAGUUUCAGCAAUUAUUCUGCAUGGCACAAUCGUAGGUAUGCAUAUUUAAAGAAAUUGAGGCAUUUGUUGACUAGAUUGAUGUGUACUUAUUUCAAGUUUACUCGCAAAAAGGCUGAUGGGUUUAUGCCAGAGGAAACGAUUCGUCGUGAAUAUGAUUAUGUUCAUGAUGCUAUUUUUACGGACGAAAAUGACCAAAGUGCCUGGUUUUAUUAUCUUUGGCUCUUUGAUCAAACUGUUAAAAUGGAGACUCCUCUUCUCACUUCCUCGUGGCCUUCAGAUGGUUCCGUUAUCAUUCUAUCUGGACCAAGGUGCUUCAAUGGCUCUUCUUCUAAGUUCACUACUUCUGGUUCUUUUUCCACUGAUUCCAAGCGUACAGAACCUUGCUUUCGCAAGGAAAACAAAGUGAAGGUUAGCCUUGGGAAGUCUCGAGGAAUUGUUUCUUCCAGGGGAUGUAACUUCAGCGCUCCUUAUGAGUUUGUAUUUACAGUGCAUAUUCAUGACACUGUCGGAGAGUCACAAGAAGGCAUUCUUUCAUGGACGGGUGGUUUUGACAAUUGGGAUGCACAGUCGAAGGAUUUAAAUUCUCUUAUCGCCUUGGAUCAGUUAAACGCUGAUACGGGUUUUGAGUGGCGUAAGAAAGCUAUAAAUAUAGAGAUUGAAUUAUUUCGUGACUUGCCUGACAGCAAAGUUGGAAAGCUCAUUCUUGCAAGGCUUUUGAUGGCUGAGGAAACUAUUAUCUCGGAUGAUGCUGUUAAAGGUGUCCAUUAUAGAGAAAUCCUCGAGCUGUAUAACGAUUUGAUGGCCCUUGAUUCUUCGCAUGAGCAGUACUACAAGGAUGAGCACAGCGUAGCUCUUCUCCACAAGGUGACCUCAAGCACCGAAUCCCUGUCCAAACACCUCUUUCGGUACAGGAAUAUGAACAAUAUUGUAUGUCUAAGGCUCAAUAACUUAACACUAUCUCGGAUAGCCGCUGUCGAGAAGUUGCUAUUUGUCCAAAUGUUAGAUCUCAGUCACAAUGAGCUUCAUUCAGCUGAAGAAUCAGGAGCUUUUCAGCGCUUGACUCUCUCAGAUCUGAAGCAGCUUAGAGUGUUGGAUGUUUCACAUAACCACAUCGGCGGCGAGCAACCAGUGGACACAACAAGGUACCUUUGUUCUUCGUCGUUCUCUAAUUCGGGUGAAAUUGGAAGAGAGGUGCCAAGUAAAUACCGGGAUGCGUAUUUGGUGGUUAGAGAUUUGGUGAACCUGAAGCAGUUAGAUAUAAGAGGCAACGACCUAAUUGCAGGAGAAGAGUUCAGCUCCUUUGCACGCCAGGUUGUGCCAGAGCUUGUAUGGCCACAAACUCUUUGA